AUGGCCGCCAGGCUCCUCUGCUCUGCCAUCCUUUGUCUCCUGGGAUUAGGGCUCUCAGAUGCUGGAGUCACCCAGACACCCAGGCACAAGGUGACAAAGAUUGAACAAGAAGUAACUCUGAGUUGUAAGCCAAUUUCUGGCCAUGACAGCCUUUACUGGUACAAACAGACCUCACUACAGGGACUGAAGUUGCUAGUGUAUUUCCGUAAUCAAGCUCCUAUUGAUGAGACAGGGAUGCCCAAGGAACGAUUCUCAGCUAAUGCUAAUGGAUCAUUCUCCACUCUGAAGAUCCAGCCUACAGAAGCCGGGGAUUCGGCCAUGUAUCUCUGUGCCAGCAGCUUAGCCACAGAGCUGCAGAGUCACCCCCUCCCUGUGCAGAAACCUUCCUGUUUCCCCUUCCAGCCCCAGACAUCCUCAGCAGUCUUUGCAGGCUCGCCUGUGUCAGAGAAUGGGCCUAUGGAAGACAAGAGCUGA